GCCACUAUGUUCUCCAGCGAAAUGUGGAACUCUUCAGAAAUGCUGCUGAAUGAUUCUGCAAGGAAUUUGUCCUUGGAGGAGGUUGAAGAAGGUGAGCACCCUUUCCUGACAGAUGCCUGGCUGGUGCCACUCUUUUUUUCGCUCAUCAUGCUGGUGGGACUCGUAGGAAACUCUCUGGUCAUCUAUGUAAUCUCCAAGCACAGACAGAUGAGGACUGCCACCAACUUCUAUAUCGCUAACCUGGCUGCCACAGAUAUCAUCUUCCUGGUGUGUUGUGUGCCAUUCACAGCUACCCUUUACCCACUGCCUGGGUGGAUUUUCGGUGACUUCAUGUGCAAAUUUGUUGCUUUUCUUCAGCAGGUGACAGUCCAGGCCACGUGCAUCACAUUGACAGCAAUGAGUGGGGAUCGUUGCUAUGUGACCGUGUACCCCUUGAAAUCUCUCCGUCAUCGUACUUCACGGGUUGCCAUGAUUGUAAGCGUUUGCAUCUGGAUUGGCUCUUUCAUUCUGUCCAUCCCAAUUUUAAUGUAUCAAAGGCUUGAGGAUGGCUACUGGUAUGGACCAAGACAGUACUGCAUGGAGCGCUUUCCCUCAAAGACACAUGAAAGAGCCUUCAUACUGUACCAGUUCAUAGCCGUUUACCUGCUGCCUGUUCUAACCAUCUCAUUCUGCUAUUCCUUCAUGCUGAAGAGAGUGGGCCAGCCAACUGUGGAACCUGUUGAUAUUAACCACCAGGUGCACCUGCUCUCAGAGAGAACUAUUUCCAUCAGGAGUAAGGUUUCCAAAAUGGUGGUAGUCAUCGUGGUGCUCUUCACAAUCUGCUGGGGACCAAUUCAAAUCUUUGUCCUCUUUCAGUCUUUCUACCCGAACUUUAAGGUCAAUUAUGCCACAUAUAAGAUCAAGACAUGGGCCAACUGUAUGUCGUAUGCCAACUCGUCUAUCAACCCCAUCGUGUAUGGCUUUAUGGGUGCCAGCUUCCGAAAGUCCUUCAAGAAGACUUUCCCCUUCCUCUUCAAGCAUGCGGUGAGGGACAGCAGCGUAAUCUCCCGUACAGCAAAUGCAGAAAUCAAAUUUGUUGCAACAGACGAGAGCAAUACAGAAAGAAAAUGA